GUAGAGAUGGAAAGUGUGUUUAUAAAUAAUAUAUUUAUAUAUUCGUUUCAUAAUAAUAAACCACAAUAUUAGAUAAUUAAAUCAUGGUAAAAUUAUUAUACUUUCCUUCACAAACCUAAAAUGAUUAACAUAAUUUUUAAACUUCUCAGUUUAUUGUUAUUUUCUAGAGCUGAUUUUGACGAGAAUUUUAACCCUUCAUCAGAACUUUUAGGAUAUAGAAAUGGGAUUGUAGGAAAUGAGACUUUUGUUUAUUAUUAUGUACACCAUUCUGGAAAUAUUCUCAUAUCAUUAACCUCUAGCGAAGGCGAUGCUGAUUUAUAUAUCUCAGAAACAAGAGUAUUCCCUACGUUCUAUCCUGAGUCAUAUGAUCUUCAUUCUGCCACUUGUGGAACUGAGGUUAUAGAAAUUCCUCUCAGUUUCAAAAGCCCAAUAGCUGUUGGAGUCUACGGCCAUUCCGCCCAUGAACUGAGUGUUUUUGUACUAGAAAUUUUCAGAAACCCAAAAUCUGACAUAAAAACUUUUGCUAUAAUCGUGGAUGAGCUACCUCAAAGUGUCAAAGAACAGAAUUCUAUACCAACUGAAGAUAAAGCAAAAAAUCCAAAAUCUAAAACUAAUAAAAGAAAAACGGAAUCGGUGGCGUCGAAUGUAAAUGGAUUUUUCUCUCUUUUUGAAAUCAUAGGACUGAUAUUUUUAUGACCAAAGAGCGUAUUGGUAGAUGAAAAUUUUUAAAAAUUAAAUUUAUCUGUUCCUAAUAUUGACCCAUUGAUUUUUAUGAUCUAAGAAUUAUAAUGUACUGAUUAGGUGUAUAAUUAAAAUUGAACAAUUGUG